UUACAAGGGGAUUUGUCGAGGCCAAUGUCUCCUUUUUUGCUCCUAAAUUUCUUGCUUCUCAUUCGGCCGUCUUUCCAGAUACCAGAAGGUGAUACUUUUCUGAUAAACCAUGAGAAAUAUAAUCUUUGUAUGCAACCCAGAGGAACUUCUGUCAUCUCACUUAGUAAGUGCAAUAAGGAUACAAAGAUCCAAAACUUUAAGUGGACUUCCAGUCAGCAGAUAUUGAACAUGGGAUUAAAGUUAUGCUUGGGAGCAUCUGCAAACUUCAGCCAACUUGAAUUUUCCUCCUGCAAUCAGACCAAUGAACUUCAGAAAUGGGCAUGCAUCAAUGAUACCUUCCCUGCAAUCAUUGGACAAAACUGGUUUUUGUCUUAUGGUCCUGGACAACAUGUCCGGUUGAAUAAUGCACCUGAUGUCAAAGCAACCUGGAAGAUUGAUGGAACCAAAGACAGUUUGUGUGCUAAAGGCUUUGAAGCUCAAUUUACCAUAGAUGGCAAUUCCUAUGGAGCCCCCUGUGUAUUCCCGUUCAAGUAUGAGAAUGAGUGGUAUGUUGAAUGCAUAACAGACAGUGAACAUCCACAACCUUGGUGCGGAACAACUGCUGAUGUUGAUAAAGACUCUUUAACCGGAUAUUGUCCAGUAAAAGAUUCCAAUGAUGAUCUUUGGAUCAGAAAUCAUUUGACGGGAAUUCAAUACCAGAUAAAUUCCGAGUCAGCUCUAACAUGGCUCCAAGCAAGAAAAAGCUGCCAGCAACAGAAUGCAGAAUUAUUAAGCAUCACAGAACUACAUGAACAAACAUACCUAGCAGCAACAACAGGUCCUGUGAACACUGAAUACUGGAUUGGGCUUAACAGUUUGGAUAUGGACAGUGGAUGGCAGUGGGUUGGCAACCAUCCUUUUAGAUAUUUAAAUUGGGCUCCAGGGAGUCCAUCUCCAGAAUCAGAGAAAAUCUGUGCAACAAUGCAGUCUCGGAGCGGCAAAUGGGUGAAUAAGGAGUGUGAUCAUAAACUUGGAUACAUUUGCAGAAAAGAAAACUCUUCAUUAAAUACCCCAGUUGUCUCUUCCGAUGAUUUGAAGCCUGUGAAAUGUCCAGAUGGCUGGGUUCCAUACUCAGGUCACUGUUACCUCCUUCACAAAGAGCUCAAGUUGUGGAAUCGUGCACUGUCAGCUUGUCGAAAGGAAGAUGGAGAUUUAGCAAGUAUCCACAAUAUUGAAGAACAUAGUUUUGUCAUUUCUCAGCUUGGCUACAAACCAACAGAUGUGCUGUGGAUAGGACUGAAUGCCCAGAAGAUUGAGCAUUAUUUUGAAUGGAGUGAUGGGACUCGUGUGACAUUCACCAAGUGGCAGCCUGGAGAACCUACCUACAUUCAAGAAUCCCUAAGCAACUGUGUCGUCAUGAGAGGAGAAAAUGGAUAUUGGAUGGAUGCUUUCUGUCAAGAGGAAUUUGGUUACAUCUGUAAAAGGAAACCUUUGGAAAUUCUCUCUAAAGCAGAAGAUGUUGAGCCAGGCUGCCAGAAAGGUUGGAAAAGGCACGGCUUCUAUUGUUACUUAAUUGGACAAACACUGCAGACGUUUUCAGAAGCAAAGAAAUCCUGUGAAGGAAACAAGGGUUCUCUGGUGUUUAUAAAUGACAGAUAUGAACAAGCCUACCUAACUAGUCUAGUUGGGCUACGUUCUGAAAAAUAUUUCUGGAUUGGCAUAUCAGAGAUAAAGGAAGGAUGGACACUCAACUGGACUAAUGGAGACUCAGUUCUGUUUAACCACUGGAACUCAGGAAUGCCUGGACAAAAACAUGGCUGUGUUGCUAUGAGAACUGGAACUGCAGCUGGAUUGUGGGAUGUUGUGAGCUGUGAUGAGAAGGUGACAUUUCUCUGUAAACAAUGGGCAGAAGGUGUGACGACAACUCAUGCCCCAACAACAGCAUCACUGCCUCCCUGCCCAGUUGGAUGGUCUGGAACUGAAACGUCAAGUUCAUGCUUCAAAGAAUUUACAACGAAAAAAAGCAUCCCAAGAACCUGGUUUGAAGCUCGAGAUUUCUGCAGAGAAAUUGGAGGAGACCUGGCUUCCAUCCAUAGUGAGGAAGAUCAAAACAAAAUAUCGAGAAAUGAUGAGAUCUGGAUCGGUUUAACCAUCUUAGACUCUGAUGUAGGGCGUACUUGGAGUGAUGGAUCUCCUAUUGACUAUGAGUACAGGAGAUACUGGUAUUCACACUCCAAUGAUGUUCAACAAUGCGCAACAAGUGAUUGGAGAAUGUCAUCAUGUUUAAAUUUAAAUUUCUGGGCUUGCCAAGUGAAGAGAGGUGUGGCCUUAAAAGCAGAGCCAAAUGAUACUUUUGCUGAGUCGUACAAAUUGAUUGAAGAUGGCUGGGUUAAAUAUGAGGACAAUGAGUACUACUUUCAUAAUGCAACUCUGCCUAUGGAAGGAGCCCGAAGAUUUUGCAAACGGCAGGGUGGAGAUCUUGCUGUCAUUACUAGUGAAAAGGAACGAAUAUUUUUGUGGAAAUAUAACUUCCUCCAUGCAUUUAAGUCUGAUGUUUACAUUGGCUUAAUUGUGGGUCUUGAUGAAAAGUUUCGGUGGUUGGACGGAACUCUAGUGACCUAUGCAGCGUGGGCCCCCAAUGAACCAAACAAUGCAAAUGAAGAAGAACUCUGUGUGGAGAUGUAUAGGAGCACAGGGUUGUGGAAUGAUAUAUACUGUAAUGCAGAGAAGAGCUUCAUCUGCGAAAGGCACAACAGUUCUAUCCGUACAACCUCUGCUCCCACAUCGCACCCACCUGAAGGCGGCUGCUCUGAAGGCUGGCUUUUGUUUAAUAACAAGUGCUUCCAAAUAUUUGGAUUUAAUGAAGAAGAAAGAAAAAACUGGACUGCUUCACGAACUGAUUGCAAAAGUCAAGGUGGAAACCUAGCAACUAUACCAAGCAAAGCUGUUCAAGCUUUCCUUACUAUGCAUUUACAAAAUAUGCCGGUUGAUGCUUGGAUUGGACUGCAUGAUAGAAUUGAAGAGGGGAAGUUCCUAUGGACAGAUGGAAGCAGUAUGAGCUAUACAAACUGGGUCAAUGGUGCUCCUGGCUAUUCUGGCUACCGUUUGAGGCGCUACAACCAUUAUCAUUUUCAUAUUGGCCAUCCCACUGGCGACUGCGUUGCUAUGAUAAAGAAGCCUGAGAAGUGGGCAGGAAAUUGGAAGGACAGACUGUGUUCAAUAAAAUAUGGAUACAUCUGUCAAAAAAACACUGACCCUGCAUCUUCUAGCUCUGAAACAACAUCAACAUCUGACCAUAUUUCUUAUGGAAACAGCAGCUAUGUUUUCACUGAAGAAGCAACAUGGGAAGAAGCAAGAAAAGAAUGUCAUUUAAAACACUUAGAACUUACCAGCAUUCUGAAUCCCUACAGCCAAUCAUUCCUGUGGCUUCAGGUGUUAAAAUAUGGGGAACCUAUGUGGAUUGGUCUAAACAGCAAUGUGACCAAUGAGAGUUAUAAGUGGGUAUCUGGCUGGAAACUGGUAUAUGCUAACUGGGCUCCUGGCGAACCAAAAGAGAACCUAGCUUGUGUCUAUUUAGACCUUGAUGGACACUGGAAAACAGGAGCAUGCAAUAAAAAGUUCUUAUCCGUCUGUGAGCAAUAUAAUGGUGUACUUCCAACUGAUCUUCCUCAAGUCCCUGGAAGAUGCCCUGAGCCACAACAAAAAAGCCACGCAGCUUGGAUUCCUUUCCGUGCUCAUUGCUAUAUAAUCAUAUCUGAUCAGAUUAAUUGGCCUUUGGCAUCCAUGAAAUGUUCUCAGUUAGGUGGCUUUUUGACUUCAAUAGAAGAUUUGGCUGAACAAAAGUUUCUGACGGAGCACAUUGAACACCUUGAUCAAGUGAACUUUUGGAUAGGGUUUUUAAAAAAUGUGGAUGGAGAAUGGAUAUGGCAAGACAACACCGCAGUAGAUUUUGUCAACUGGAAUACUGGAGAGCCCCGAAAUUAUAGUGAAGCAAACUAUUUCUAUUAUUUCAAUUCAGCGGAUACGUUGUGUGUUGCAGUGGGCCCUGAAAAUUGGAAGUGGUUUGCUAGAAACUGCCAUAUUCCUUCCGAUGGAUAUAUUUGUAAAGCACCCAAAAUUAUUGAAGCUAAACCAACUGAAGGAUCUUCAAACCAUGAAAAAGCAAAGAAAGAAGGGGCUCCUCCACUGGCACAUGGCAUCCUUGCGACGGUGGUUAUGCUUGUUCUCCUCAUCCUUGCUGGUGCUGGUAUCGCAGGCUAUAUUUUUUACAAAAGAAGAUACAGACGGCAACUGACUAUAGCUGGCUUUGACAACUCUCUGUAUCAUGACAAUACAGUCAUGCUUCAAAAUAAUGACUCCUAAUGUCUUGUGGAACAUUUUGACAAUGAGGAUGGACAGUAGCUAGCUACCCUUAAUAAACAGAUUAAUAGAAGUAACUGAAUACCAAUUGUUAUAAUCAGAAAUAUCUGGAGGUUCUUUCUACAUUCUGACUCAUGAUAUGGAAUGUUUUUGGUAAAUGCUGGUGAUUCAGUGAAAAUGUAUUCUAUAAAGCAUAGUUUCAAAUCGAAGAUCCAAGCUAAGAUUCCAUCAUGUCUGUUUAAUGAGGGAAGGAGUGAAGAGAGACUGAAUAUGUAACCACAUUCUCCCACCUCAACAGUCAAAUAAACCUGCUGGGUGGGGGUGGGAUUGGAAAAAUGGCAAGGCACCACUGAUAGAGAUUUGGUAUAACAGCACUCAGUGUGGGUGAUGACACGAGGAUGUCAGAGCACCAUAGAGCCCCUUGGUCAGACCAAGGGAACUUGAAUGGGCCUUAAAGAAAUAGAUGGAUUUUUCUCUUCCCUAGCAUGACUCUCAGUCUUGACAAGCUAGCUGCAAACCUCCUACAGCCUAGGGGCUGAUGACUGUCUGAGAUUCCCCAGAAUUAAGAAUGGUCAGAAUGACUGCCACUGGUGGGUAAUGAAGAUCAGCUUGGAAACUCUUGGAUUAAUUAGCAAAGAUAAGAUUGUCAUUUCGGGAACCUCCACAUUCAGAGGCAGUAAACCUCUGAAGCCCAGUGCCAUCAGGGGAAGGCUUCAGCCUCUGUGCCCCAUUCAUUGGCCCUCUGGAAUAACUGUUGGCUACGGUGAGACAAUCAGCUUCUCUCUCCAAGAACUGACUUCCCUGACUAUACUGAAAAAUGUGUGCAACAGGACCAUGCACUAGCACCGAACAUCAGGAAAAGUAGGACAACCUCGCCCAGCUUCUCUUAUUCCUACAACAUUUGUUCUGCCUCUUACCAGGCCCUCUGCUCCCAGGUAAUCCAAAGGUUUCUUCUUGUUCCCAGGUUGAUUUCCAACAGUGUCUCAAGUUUUCUAUACCAAGUCUCACCCUUCCUGGAGCUGAGGCCCAACUCUGGCUACUCCUGCCCAUCUCAAACUUGAACCUUUUGGCUUUUUGGAUUUCCUCCCAGUUCAGUGUCUUCCCCCUUGUAGACUUUCUUCUCCCCUUUGCUCUAACACACCCUCCCCCCAAGUCUUAGCCAUGCCACUGUCUCUGCCAACCACACUUCUACAGUCUCUCCCAUUAAGGAUGCCAUUUAAUGCCUCUGCUUCUCUCCAUCUUCCUUUAAUCUAUUUGCUUCUUUAUUUUUCAUGCAACCACACUUACUGAGAGGGUAUUAUCAAAAUCCUCACAACACCCUGUGUCUAUUUGGGGCUGAAUUCAGUUUGAGUAUUUUUGCUGUAUAUAUAUUGCAAUUGAUUUAUUGCCUAUAUUACAUUUUCCUACCUUUUAUCUAUCCCUUUGUAGCCAAUAAAACUGCAUCCUUCUGA